UUAGCAGUUUAUAUUUACUAAAGUAAUUAAAUUUCCAUGGGAAUUUCCUGUGGGAGACCAGAUAUAGUGAAUGCAGGGUCCGGGGAGAGUGGAUAUAGUGAAUGCAGGGUCCGGGGAGACCGGAUAUAGUGAAUGCAGGGUCCGGGGAGACCGGAUAUAGUGAAUGCAGGGGUCCGGGGAGACCAGAUAUAGUGAAUGCAGGGUCCGGGGAGACCAGAUGUAGUGAAUGCAGGGUCCGGGGAGACCAGAUGUAGUGAAUGCAGGGUCCGGGGAGACCAGAUGUAGUGAAUGCAGGGUCCGGGGAGACCAGAUGUAGUGAAUGCAGGGUCCGG